AUGCCGCAAGCUCAGCCAGAGCUAAAGAAAUACCUCGACAAGCGUCUCUUCGUCCAACUAAACGGCAGCCGGAAGGUCAUAGGCGUGUUGCGCGGCUACGAUGUCUUCCUCAACAUAGUUCUGGACGAAGCCGUCGAAGAGAAGGAGGGCGGGGAGAAAGUAAGAAUCGGUAUGGUGGUCAUUAGAGGGAACUCUGUUGUCAUGCUCGAGGCUUUGGAACGCAUUGGCGGCAACGAUAGGGAACAGCGGUGA